AUGUCGGCCACCGAAUUCUCCCCUAUCCUAGGAACCAGGCAGAACAAAGACCACGCUGCCCAAGAGAACUUUGAACCCGUCGUGAACCCCACGUCAGCAGCCGACCUCCCCACGACCCAGAAUGAUACAUCGAACGAGAAUCUACCACAAAACAAGAUGAAUCCAGACGCAGAGACAGAGCCUCGGGUCAGUGUUGAGGGGAAUGAAGCUCCUCGAGAUUCCGAUAUAGCCUCACAGCAACAAUCGUCCACCCCGUCGCAGCCAAACCUGCUUGAGGGGCAGAUGGAUAAACUAUCGAUAUCCGGGACGAACACGGCGGCCCAACAAUCUACAGAGCAGCACAUACCCCGUGCACCCCAACCACCCGAGAAAGACGAUAUGUAUCUGGCCUCGGCGUCAACUUCGGCUGCACCACCGCCAACGAGCGAACAGAACUCUAGUCCAAGCUCCGAAAAGGAGCUUCCGGAAGUGCCUGGAGAUAGCGACCCGGAAUCAAAACGAUCUACCAAGGUAGACGACUCGCGAGAUGAAAGUUAUUCUCAGCCAGAAAUCCAGAGCAUUAUGGGCCAGUUCCAGGAUCCGGCGCGGACCACCGAUCAAGAACAAAUUAUGUCGCCUCGCCUGGAGUUCGCUACCCAGAACUACUUCCCGCCUCGUAAAUCCAGUCUGGAUCAAAUUCAGUCACCGCCAUCUGGUAUCCUCGCUGCUUCUUCUCAAGGUACUCAUGUACCGUCGCCUACAACCACAUUUUCUCGUCGAUCGAUUGGGCCUGAAGACCCGAUGUUGACCCGGCGAUCUUCAACCUCAUCAAUGCCUCUACCAGAACCCGAGCCAGAUCAACCAUUCGACUUUCAUCGAUUUCUAGAACAACUACGACACCGCACUGCCGACCCCGUGGCCAAGUUUCUACGCUCUUUUCUCACAGAGUUUGGAAAGAAACAAUGGAUGGUUCACGAGCAGGUCAAGAUCAUCAGCGAUUUCCUGGCGUUCAUCACGAAUAAAAUGGCUCUUUGCGAAGUAUGGAGAGACGUGUCAGAUAGUGAGUUUGAUAAUGCCAAGGAAGGAAUGGAGAAGCUUGUCAUGAACCGCCUGUAUUCUCAAACAUUUGCACCGGCCAUUCCGGCCCCUCCCACGAUUCCUCGAAGUGCCAGCCGCAGUCGGCGGAGAGAGAUUGAAAGGCUCCAUGGGCCAUGGAGAAGAGGUCAACAUCAGGAGGAUAUUGAACGGGAUGAUAUUCUGGCCCAGAAGAUUCGCAUCUACAGCUGGGUCAGGGAAGAGCACUUGGAUAUCCCUCCUGUAAGCGGUGGUGGGCGGCGUUUCCUGAACCUAGCACAACAAGAGCUACUGAAGCUGAAUGGCUACCGUGCCCCUCGUGAUAAGGUCAUUUGCAUCUUAAAUUGCUGCAAGGUGAUAUUUGGUCUUUUGCGGAAUAGCAAAACUGCCGACACAUCCGCGGACUCUUUCGUUCCACUUCUGAUCUAUGUGGUACUGCAUGCAAAUCCCGACCACCUUAUCUCCAAUAUACAAUACAUCCUGCGAUUCCGCAAUCAGGACAAGCUUGGUGGAGAGGCGGGUUAUUAUCUAUCUUCUCUAUCUGGAGCUAUCCAAUUCAUCGAAACAUUAGAUCGCACCAGCAUUACUGUCAGCGACGAAGAGUUUGAACGUAAUGUCGAGGCUGCUGUCUCUGCAAUCGCGGAGCAGAACCGCGAGACAGAGCCUUUGGAUGAGAAAAGUCCGAAUAGGUCUACUACCCCAGGUGCCUCGCAGUCACAACCAGGGCCGAGUCGCAAAGACACCUCCCAAUCAAGCGACGAAGAAGUCUCGGCACCCGUUACGGGCCUUUUACGUACCAUCCAAAAACCCCUUUCUACUAUUGGCCGCAUGUUUUCAGAUGAUGCCGACAGUGGCUCUGUACAAGAUCGUUCUCCUCACCCUGCCACCACACCUCAGCCCGCACCCCCUCGCCUCAGCCCAAAUGUCUACCAACCUCCGCGUUCCAGUAGUGAAGGCAAACGUUCAGGUGAUGAACGUGCGCCCCCGCACCAUGACAGCGCCAAAAAGAAUUUGAGUCGUGUUCUGGAUGCCCAAGAUGCAGCCGCUCGCCAGGCCAGUGCAGAAGAAGCGCAGGCACGACGUAUUCAACGAGCUGAGCAUGACAAUGUCGUCGAGACAUUAUCGAAUAUGUUCCCAAACUUAGACCGCGAUGUCAUCGAGGAUGUGGUCAAGAUGAAAGAAGGGAGGGUUGGCCUUGCCGUCGAUGCGUGUCUCGCUCUUAGCGCGGAAUAG